AUGCCGCCCAAGAAGAGCGCAGUCAGCUCUGUGCUGGCUCAGGCAGGCCCAACGGGACCUGCAACCACAAUUGCAGACGGCACCACCAGUGGGAACCCGGACAUCUCUCCCCCGGCCAACCCUAUCGAGAGGAUGGACGAUUCCAUACUACCCGUGGAGCCCGACUCGAACACCAUGGAGCUUGACGCCCCAUCGUCAGACACCGUCCAGCCCACCGACACUCCCGGCCCCUCAUCCACUUACAUCCCUCGUCAGCCCUCCCCACCUCUACCACACCUCCGCUCCGAGAAGUUCCCACCGGAAUGGGACGACGGGGAUGGCGAUUCCGACUCUGACGACGAGGUCGUCGCUACUUUACCCAUCUACCUCUCCCCUUCACUCCAUCCUCACCUCCACCUCUUCCAGUUCCCGCUGCAUACGAGGAGUCUCGUCGCCCCUUCCUAUGCCAGAGAUAGGGGCAAGGGGAUCACAGCACGGAUGAAGGAGAAGGCUGGUCGAAUAGAGGUGGAGAUCCCCGUAGAUGCCGGUGUUGACGUAUGGCGGGAUGACAGGGCGAGAGAUUUUGGAAUGACGCAUGAUCUGGGGAAUGGGAAUGGGGAUGUGGUCGGCGGGUAUGGGUUUGGAGGGAGGGGCGAAGAGGACGCAGGGGGAAAAAAGAAGAAGAGCAAGGCAAAAGAGGAGAAGAGAUGGGGUGAUAAGAUCAGGUUAAGGAGUGAAGGGGUGCCGAGUACGACGGGGUACUAUGCUGGCGUGGUACAAGACGGUGCACUUCACCUACACCCAUUAUCCAAGAUACUGCAGAUGCGUACCGCCCUGACAUAUCUCGACGACUUUGACGAAAAGAACCGGUCCCGACGAGGCCGGAAAGACGAGGAUGAUGGGGAAGAGAAGGAGGAUAAGAAGUCCAAGCAGGCCGCUCAGGGUCCGCCAAUAAAGGCGUUGAGAAAGGAAGAGGAAGAAGGAGAUGGGUCUGGGUCCAUCAAGGACUUCCGGACAAAGAUGUGGAGGUUGGCCAGGGAAGAGGCGGAGGAUGCGUGGGUGCCGUACGAGUGGAGAGAGGGCGAGGACGAGUCGGUGGUCGACGCGCUCGGGAAGCUGAUUGUUUCGGAAGACAAGAGGGAUAGGUUGACGUGCACUACAAAGGGGUUGGAGUAUCUCGACAAAGCACAUUGA